AUGUCCUCACACCUGCGUCAGCGCUUCCAGCAGCGCAAGCUGGUGUUCUCGGGCGCGGGGUUCCCUGCCUCAGCUCCCUCUUCUUCGGCGCCUAGCACAAACUUGCUGACGCCGCCUCUGACCUCGCUCAGCCGCAGCACCAGCGGGGCCAGCGGGGGGGCCUCCCCCGCUCCGUCGCCCGGCCUCGGCGCGCCCUCUGGCGACGCUCCGGGCUCUGCCUUCGCCGCCUGCGGCGGCAGGCCCCCUCAGGCUCCUGCGCGGUCGGAGGCCCGGCACUCCGCCUGGGGCGCCGACCGGGGCCACGAAGGAGACAGGCGAGACGACAGAGAGGGAGACAGGUGGGCGUCCGACAGAGGCGGCGCGGCUGCGCCGCCCGCCUACGGCGACAGGCCCGAAGCAGGGCGGGGCGCCGCCGGGGACACCGGCGCCAGAGAGGGCAGCGAAAGCCGAGACAGGGGCCGCGGCGGCGAGGAGGGCAGGGACGCCUUUUAUGCUCGCGAGGGUGAUCGGUCAUCGGCCUUUGCGUCGAGCUCGCGCGGACACUACGAUGGAGCGGAUGCGCGGCGGCUGAAGCGCGGUCGGAGGGAAGAGGACGAGCACCGCUCGUCGUCGUCUCGGUCUGCCUACCCAGCUCACGACGCGCGUCGCAGACAUGACGACACGUCCUCGCUCGCUGCACCGAAUGGGCAUCCGCAGAAGCCGCAGGACUCAUACGGUCGCGGGCCAAGUGCGGCGUCGUCUUCGAACACGUCAGGAGGCAGGCCUGCGGCGUUCCGCGGCCCUGGCGACUCCGCCGCCGUGCUCUCUGCGGCCCCCCACCAGGGCGUGGGGCCUGGCGCGACCCGCACUCUGGGCGCAGGCCGGUCUGGGGCCUUGGAGACAGGUGUCUGCUCUGCGCGGCAGGCGACUGGGGUGCGCGGACCUGCGCCCGCGCUGCCGCCGCUGCCGCAGGACCUUCCGCUGGAUCAUGCGAGCGUCGCGUCGCCGGCGGGUGGGAAGCUGCCGUCGUCCAUGGAGGAGCUGCUUCCGUUCAUUCUGCGGGCCCUGCUGCACCACCCCACAGUGUCUCCGUCGAUCCGGCGCGCGGAGGCAGUCCCCGGGGCGCCGCAGGAGACCGUGACCUGCUUGACGCGCACGGCCGAGUGUCACAUCGAGUUGAACGCGUUCGCGGCGCACCUGAAGCAGCUCUCGCGGGCCGCGGCCGCUGGUGGACGGGGCGUCUCGUCUCUGGCUAGCCAGCGGCUCUUCCGACCCGAGGCAGUUCUGCGCGUCCUUCAGUUCGCCGCCUACAGUGCGGCUCAGGAGGAGGGCGCCGAGGGGAAAAAUGGUCAAGGCGCGGAGAGCUCUCCUGGUGCGUCGGCGCCCCCAGUGCUGGGCGCCCUGCAUCCCUUUCCGUAUCCGCUUCUCUCGCUCUCCUCUCUCAGCUCCCUCACUGUCAUCAAGGCUCUGUUUCCUCUGCGCAUCUGCGCGGUGCUCUUCACGCUCCACCAACAGAGUCAGCAGCAGGCGCUUGCGUCUGCUUCCUCCUCGGCCUCCGCGCCCGCGAACGGCGGCGCCGCCUCGGGCCCGCCUCAGCAGGCUGCUGCAGCAGCGCCGACGCCGCGGCACGGUAUCCCUCCGGUGCGCGAGGUGCCUCCAGCCGGUCCGAGCCCGUCGCCUUCGGGGCCCGCGAGGGCCUCCCCCGCCCGGGCCUCCGCCCCCGCCUCCGCCGCCUCCCCCCCGCGCUUCCCGCCGUUCUGCGGCGGAGGCAGUGCGCAUCCGACCGCGUUGGGCUCCAGCGCGGUCGGCCCCUCUGGCGGCGGGGCGGCCCCGGGCGCGGGCGCAGGUGCGCCGAAGCCUCCUCCCCCACCGCCCCCGGCCUUCGACGACAAGAAAGGCGGGACCGGCGGAGACAAGGACGCACAUGCGGAGCUCCAAGAGGACCUGGAGAAGCUUCUCAGCGUGCCGACAGCUCUGAAACAGCGCGAUCUGGAUUCGGGCAGCGAGUUGACGUCGCUGCUCAGCGCCCCGACUGCGCGGCAGCAGAUGAUUAUUCACUCCUUUAAGAAUAAGGGGGGCAGCGCACUCAGAGAAAUCUGUCCGUUCGGCUCUCGCCUGGAGUGCUGCCGCGCUCGCAACGCCUACAAGCCCUGCACCAAGGUCCACUUCCGCCGUAUCGUCCUCGCUCACACCGAUAUCAGCUUGGGAGACUGCAGCUACUUGGAUACGUGCCGCCACAUCGAGACCUGCCGCUACGUGCACUACGAAGUCGACGACGCCUCCAAGGGCGAUGUCCUCAAGAAAAUGCAGGGCGAUGCCGCGGAUCCGUACGCCAUCGGCACCAUCUCUGCCGGCGCUCGCACGGAGUACCCUGCUCAGUGGAUUCGCUGCGAUAUCAGAACGUUCGACUUCAGCAUCUUCCGGAAGCUCAUUCGCGUUGUCAUGGCGGAUCCGCCGUGGGACAUCCACAUGGACUUGCCUUAUGGCACGAUGACAGAUCAGGAGAUGCGGAAUCUGCGAGUGGAUUUGAUUCAGGAAGAAGGACUUCUCUUCUUGUGGGUGACGGGCCGCGCGAUGGAGCUGGCCCGCGAGUGUCUGGAACUCUGGGGCUACACGCGUGUGGAGGAGAUUCUGUGGGUGAAGACGAACCAGCUGCAGCGCAUCAUUCGCACGGGGCGGACGGGCCACUGGCUGAAUCACUCGAAGGAGCACUGCCUCGUCGCAGUGAAGGGCAACGCUGCGUUCAACCGAAACAUCGACUGCGACGUCAUCGUCAGCGAAGUUCGCGAGACCUCGCGAAAGCCCGACGAAAUCUACAGAAUCAUCGAGCGAAUGGCGCCGGACUCUCUGAAAGUCGAGCUCUUUGGCCGCAUGCACAACGUUCGCAACAACUGGAUCACUCUCGGCAACCAGCUCAAGGGCGUCAAACUGGAGCACCCCUUGCUGUUGGAGCGGUAUAACGCGUUCGCAGAGAACGCUGGACUGCCGCGCGCAGAGCCGCCCUCGGCCUCCGCGGGCGCAGAGACUGAAGACAACGAGGCGAACGAGGGUGAAAAAAGCGAAGAGACGCCAUCUCCAGAGGCUGUUCAAGGAUGA